AUGCCAAGCUCAACAAGGACUGUUCGACUUACAGUCAUUGCUGCUGAUGGUCUUGUUAAGAAGGAUCUCUUCUUCAAAAUGCCUGACCCAUUUGCUGUAGUAACUGUGGAUGGUGAACAGACCCACACAACAACCGUAAUGAAAAAGACACUGAACCCUUAUUGGAAUGAGAGCUUUGACUUACAAGUCAACAACUCCAGUGUGAUUGCAGUUCAAGUGUUUGAUCAAAAGAAGUUCAAAAAGAAGGAUCAAGGAUUUCUAGGUGUGAUAAAUGUGCAAGUGUCGAGCGUAUUUGACCUUGAUGUUGGUGGCGAUGAAAUGUUGACACUUGACUUGAAGAAAUCAAACAACCAUGACACUAUUCAAGGGAAACUCAUUUUGAACAUAUCAACCAACGUCAAUGCUCCCAUCAGAAAUGGUACCAAUACCCUGGUAUCGACUUCUCGCAGCUCUGUUGCCCGUAAUGCCUCUAGUCAUUCAAUCGAAACCAAUUCGCAACCACAAGCACAGACGUCAAUUCCAACUACUGCUCCACCAUCACAUACGCCUGCAACCGCCACUUCAUCUUCCACGGACGACGAUGCCAGAAACAGUGAUUUGCCGGAAGGAUGGGAAAGAAGAGUUGAUCAUUUAGGCAGACCAUACUACGUUGACCACAACAAUAGAACAACCACAUGGAAGCGACCUUCAGCCAGAACUGCUCAAGACCAACAAAAUCAGACCGAAUUGGAGAGACGCAGACACAAUGCUCGAGGUUUACCCGAAGAAAGGUCCAGCGCAAACAACAGCACUACCUCUCUUGCAGAGACAAAUCGCCAAUCACAAUCCCAUGUCGCUGCGGCUACAGCUGCAUCUGCCGCAGCUACGACUCCCCCAGCGAAUAGCAAUCCAGGUGGUGUUGUUGGCGUUCAAAAUAACAUGACAACAGCUGGAUCUGGCCCAUUACCACCAGGUUGGGAAAUGCGCACGAAUCCCGAAGGCCGUCCUUAUUUUGUCGAUCAUAAUACUCGUACUACAACUUGGGUAGAUCCUAGACGUCAACAGUAUAUCAAUACGAUUGGCCCCGGAUCUAAUCUGCAAGUGCAGGUGCAACCUGUAUCCCAACUGGGCCCAUUACCUUCGGGCUGGGAGAUGCGUUUGACAAGUACCGGCAGAGUUUAUUUCGUAGACCAUAAUACCAAGACGACCACAUGGGAUGACCCACGAUUGCCCAGUAGUCUGGAUCAGAACGUGCCUCAGUACAAGAGAGAUUUCCGCCGCAAGUUGAUCUACUUCCGUUCUCAGCCUGCUCUGCGCCCUGUGCCUGGUCAAUGCCAUAUCAAGGUGAGACGUGAUCAUAUCUUUGAAGAUGCUUAUGCCGAGGUGAUGAGACAAGUGCCCGCUGAUCUCAAGAAACGACUCAUGAUCAAGUUUGAGGGAGAAGAUGGUUUGGACUACGGUGGUCUUUCGAGAGAAUUCUUCUUCUUGCUGUCUCACGAGAUGUUCAACCCGUUCUAUUGUUUGUUUGAGUACUCUGCUCAUGACAACUACACACUCCAAAUCAACCCUCACUCUGGUAUCAAUCCCGAGCAUUUGAACUACUUCAGAUUCAUUGGUCGUGUGGUCGGUUUGGCCAUCUUUCAUCGUCGUUUCUUGGACGCCUUCUUCAUUGUGUCGCUAUAUCGUAUGAUCUUGAACAAGAAGGUGCUUGUUGCCAACAUGGAAAGUGUAGAUGCUGAAUUUUACCGCAGUCUAAUGUGGAUUCUUGACAAUGACAUUACGGAUGUCCUUGAUUUGACGUUCUCUGUAGACGACGAUCGUUUCGGUGAAAUGGUCACUGUUGAUCUGAAGAACGGUGGACGAGACAUUGAAGUGACAGAAGAAAACAAGAAGGAAUAUGUCGAUUUGGUCACUGAAUGGCGUAUUUCUAAGCGUGUUGAAGAGCAAUUUAAAGCUUUCAAAGAAGGCUUCAAUCAGCUGAUCCCUCAAGAUCUCAUCAAUGUGUUUGAUGAACGUGAAUUGGAACUGCUCAUUGGUGGCAUUGCAGAAAUCGAUGUAGAUGACUGGAAAAAGCACACUGAUUACAGAGGAUAUACCGAGCAGGAUGAUGUUAUCCAAUGGUUCUGGCAGUGUAUUCGUACCUGGGAUAGUGAAAAGAAGUCUAGAUUACUGCAAUUCACCACUGGCACCUCUCGUAUUCCAGUCAAUGGUUUCAAAGAUCUUCAAGGAAGCGAUGGUCCCAGACGAUUCACCAUUGAAAAAGCAGGCGAGGUGACUCAGUUACCUAAAGCACAUACAUGCUUCAAUCGUAUUGACAUGCCACCAUACAAGACGUACGAAUCCCUUGUUGCCAAACUGACAAUGGCUGUAGAGGAAACUGUUGGUUUCGGCCAGGAGUAA